AUGGGGGCGGUGCCAGAGCCUGGCCCCCAGGUGGCAGGAGUGGGCGGGGCACUUGCCCGGGCUCUGCCCGCUUAUGUGCCCGCUCACUCAUUCACUUGGUCUUCGCUGUCGCUCACCAUCACUUGGUCCUUGUCACUUGGCCCUUGCUGGCACCGUCCAAGCCCCAGGCUGGCCACUUCCGAAGCUCCCGACACCAUGGAGGAGUGGGAUGUGCCUCAGAUGAAAAAAGAGGUAGAAAGCCUCAAGUACCAGCUGGCUUUCCAGAGGGAGAUGUCCUCCAAGACCAUCCCUGAGCUCCUCAAGUGGAUCGAGGAUGGGAUCCCCAAGGACCCGUUCCUGAACCCCGACCUGAUGAAGAACAACCCGUGGGUGGAGAAGGGAAAGUGCGCCAUCCUGUGAAGCACCCCCGCCCCGACUCUUGCCUCUUUGUAGGGAGGACACCCCGAUAAAGGUGUGGCUUUUAUAAAGACUCUUGGAUGACGUC